AUUCUGACAACCAAAAUGAAACCUAAACAAUUGAAAACCACCACACGAUCUAUGAAUACCCAAUAGUCAGUAGCAGCAGCAUACAUAGUCAUGAACCCCGAAUUCCUCACUCUGUUUUUUAGUUCCACUCUUCUGUGUUUUCCAUGCUCUGUUUCCGAAUGACUCUCAUUUACCUUUCCAUGUUUUAUUACUCAGUAAACGACACCCACUCUUUCCUUUUCAAAUAACUCUCUCCACCCAUGUGAACCACAAACCUAGAAGCCCCUUUGAGAGCAAAAGGACUCCAUCACCAUCAUCUCUUUUCCCCUCUCUUUGUGCCAAACACCAAAUGCUAGAAAAAUCUCAUCUUGGAAUGCAAUUUUCUCAUCUUAAAUUGCAAAUUUGUCUUGAUUUCUCAUGAUUUUGUGGAAAUAGAUAUGAAAUCAUUGAGUAGUUUAGGAAUUGGUUUGAGCGUUGUAUUUGGGUGUUUACUGUUAGCACUGAUUGCAGAGAUUUACUACUUGUUAUGGUGGAAAAGAAGAAUCAUACACAGAGAAGUUGAAGAACAAGAAAAUCAUUCUAACAAUACUAAUUCAUCAUCAAGAAGAGAAUUUUUCUAUCUGUUUUGCUGGAAGAAACCAUCAUCAUCAUUAUCCACAACAACAUCGUUAAACCCACUUAGAUUCACAGACAUAGAAUCACAAACCCACUGUGUAAAACCAUAUGGAGAUCUUCAACAAGAUGGUAAUGGAAAUAUUGAGAAUGAAUUGAUGAGAUUGCAUAGUUUAUCAGGUCCAAAUAGAUUGCUGUUCACAAUUAAAGAGGAGACUAGAGGAGAAGUGAUUGAUUGUAUCAAUGGAAACACAUAUUUGACUCCAUGUCAUCUCCAUCUUUUUUACACCACCAUGACUCCAUUAAAGGAGACUACUGCUAAUUGUUGUUAUAAUAAUCAUGGUUUUAAUCCUCUGUUUGAAUCAUCAACUGAUGUUGAGAUUAGUAAGAUUAAAUCUUCACCUCCUCCGAAAUUCAAGUUUCUGAAAGAUGCAGAGGAGAAAUUGUAUAGGAAAUCACUCGUUGAAGAAGAAGAGAUCAAGAAUGAUGAAGUUUAUCAUGAUUCUGAAUCGGAAAAUGGGUCUAGUAAUUAUAUUACAAUUCUUGUUGCUAAGAACAAAGAUCAACAAGAGAAAUCCGAUUCAAGUUGUUCACCUUCAUUAGCAAAAUCAAACUCAAAGGUAAAGCCAUUAUUAGCUUCUUCUUCUUCUUCUUGUGCUUCUUCACCAUCAUCAAUUAGAUCAAUCAAUGUACUAAAACCCAUGUUUCAUUUGAGCUCAAAAGAUUAAAUCUAUAAAGGGUUUUUGUUAAUC